AUGGGGGAGUACGAAUCCAUACAGGCUCUUCAUAGGAACCUCCCGGCUUUUCAGCCAUCCAUUCCGGUCUCUCUGCUCCCGUACCUGGCAUUCAUUCUCUUGGGCUCAACGUUCGCUCUGACAUUCUGGUUUUCUACUAUGCCAAAGAAUGUACCGCUGGAAAUGACUGCGGCGUCCCUGGCAAGCGUGCUGGGCGGGUUUGGCGUCGUCGCCCUCUUCUGCACUGUUGGAGUAUAUGUGUAA